ACUCCUCUGCUCCUUAUCCUUUCACGCCAAUUUCUCCGUACAGAUUUUUCCAGCCGCUUGCGUUAUCUUCUACGCGCGGCCGUCCCAGCUCCUCGUCCUGGCCACGGUACUCCUCUCCCUCGACGUGGAGCUCUCACGGCGCUCCAUUUUCCCAGCGCGCGCUCUUCUCCCUCUCCCUGGUUCCACGCGGGCGCGCGCCCUGCUCCCUAACGAGGCCCCAUGGCGCGGUCGCCUCUCCCUGGUGCCUCGCCCAGCCUCUGCUCCUCUUCUCCCCGGCGCCUGGUCGGAUGUGGAUCCUCUGCUCGAAGCUCCCAGCGCCGGAUUCCCUGCAAGCUUCAGCUUCCCUGCGCGCCGACUUCACUGCUCGCGCCGUCGCCCAGCCUGUUGGCGCGCGCAUGCUCCCUGCCGCGUUCCUGCUCGGCGCCCGGAUCCCCUGCUUCUCUCCCUGCAGGCGCGCUCAAUUUCCAGUGCUCGCUGGACGCUCCAGCCAUGGAGUCCCUACGCGCCCUCCCCUCUGUUCGCUUGUCGCCAUGACUCGCCGCGGUGCCCGUCCCUCUGCGCGCAGCCGCGUGCUCCCUGCUCGCCACUACCCUGCUGUACGCCAUUGUCUACAGUGGAGAAGCUAAGCCCCUCCGCCAACGCCCUUGCCUGCCACUCCGUGGCCUCGCCUGAUACACAGUGGUCGCCUUCCCUUGACAGCGGCGUUGCUGGCCACCGUGUUGCUCAUCUCGGCCAUGUUCCUCUUCGUGCUCAGCACCUAGGCGUCGCGUCCGACCCCGGUACCCUAAAUCCUCAGCAGUCGCCUUGGCUCCUGCAGCCGCGUCCAUGACGUGCUCGCCAUCCUAGCGACUCGUUUCCCUGCUGCGCGCUACCUAUGCUGAGUCCAGUAGUUGUAUUUCAUCGACGGAGGAGAGAAAUCACCAGAAUGUGUGGAGAAGCGUAGUCCCAUACGACAUCCGCUAGGUGCUCGAUAAAAUAUCAGAACAUGGGAUUAUCGUCGUUUCCGCAUACUCCGAGUCGAUUUGGUUAUGGUGAGCUGACCUGUUGUCCCUUCUUAUUGGUUUAUUGGUUGAGCUGAUUGAAUUAUUAAUGCGAGAAGGAUAGAUUUAGUGUCUCUAACAUUUAGCUGAUAUGUGUGUGUUGUCAGUGUUGUUAUGGUGAGAUUAGUUUGUAUAGUGAAGUCGGUGCUCUAUUUUAGUAGUUAGGAUACUCUACGUUUAUUGAUCGAGUUCUUGUUUUAGGUGAAUGUUAAUGGUUACUCUAAGUAUUUGGAGUAGCGUCAACAAGCUAAUUUUAAUUAAAUUCC